UGUUGUGGUAUCGAUAAGUAGGGCCCGAUAGGCCAACCUCCGAUCCGAAACAAGUGAUUUUUAAAGUUAGUUUAAAAAACUUUUCGGAUCGAACGGUCGUUACCGGGCUCCGCGGCGCGUUUUUUAAAACCCUCUCCGAAAGUCCGUAAAUUCAACGCGCUGUUUUCUAAACUCCUUUUUCCAAUUCCCCCUCCAUCCGUCAAGCAACGGCUACUGCAGCAGCCAAUUCCCCCAACAUAACCAUAAAGCCAGGCGAUUGUGCAAUCGAAGGUGUCUAUAUAAUCCAUCUGUACGAUGAUCCGGAUCCGAAUCGGAAUGGAGAGUCUUCCAAUUUUAAUACUCGCCUCCUGCCUGCUAAUUUCAGCCCAUGGAACACCACUGGAGUGGGACUUUGCUGUCACGCUGAGGACAAAGAUUCAGUUCAUGGACAGCUCCUGGCAAACGAUAGCAACCGCCGCCCAUGAGUUUGACGAACUCUCCGCCUUAACCUUUGACGAAUCCGAGGAGCUGAUCUACUUUAAUGACCUAAAACACCAGAACGGCAGCAUAUUCUCUCUAAAAAGGGAUCUCUUGGCCAGUUCGCAUGUGGUUGACCAAACGGUCGCCCGCACGGCUAAUGAAUCUGUGGGAGGAUUGGCCUACGAUCCACUCAACAUGAACCUUUUCUGGUCGGAUACUCAGCAAAGAAAGAUCUUCUUCGCUCCCAUCCAUGGUUCCGUGAAGCCCAAGGUUCUUGUAGAUCUUAGCGCGGAAGGAGGACGUCCAGAUGGUGUGGCCGUAGACGUGUGCCGCCGAAAGCUAUACUGGACCAACUCGAACAUUACGCAUCCCACCGUGGAACGUAUCAAUCUGGAUGGCAGCAACAGAACCGUUAUUAUUGGUACGAACAUCGACAUGCCAAGGGGUAUCGUGGUGGAUCAGCUGUCGGAUCGCCUCUUCUGGAUUGACGACCUUAAGGGCGUAUUCUUUGCAGUGGAGAGCUCUAAACUGGACGGAUCCGAUCGUCAAGUGGUGUUGAAGGAUAAGCACCAUGAACCCUUGAACCUGGCUGUCACGAAUGAUGCCAUUUACUGGACAGACCGUACCACGCGGGCGGUUUGGAGUCACCCAAAAGUGCCAGUUAUUAAGGUUACCACCACUGCCCAGCCGGAGGAGGAGGAUUCCACAGAUCCGACCGAUUUUAAGGAUCCAGAACCGGUGGUCGAGGACUGUCCACUCGUUCGCGUUGCUAAUCUUAGCGAAGAGGCACGAGGAAUUGUGGUACGCACAGGUUUUUACCAGAGGCUCCAAAAGGAUCACCAUUGCGCCAGCAUAGUGCGUAAGGUUAAGGAUCGCGUGGAUGAGCAGAGUAGAAAGAAGGAAAUACGCAGCCUGCUUGACCAAAAGAUGAAAGUACUGGAAGACGAACGCUGUAUGAAUGGCGGCGAAUACAAGGCCGCAACGGAUCUGUGCAUCUGCCCGACCGGCUUUAAGGGAUCCCGCUGCGAAAUCCGCGAGUGCCACAACUACUGCGUUCACGGCACUUGUCAGAUGUCUGAGUCGGCCUACCCUAAGUGCUACUGCCAGCCGGGAUUCACGGGUGAACGCUGCGAGGUGAGCGUGUGCUCAGGACUUUGUCUUAAUGGCGGCCACUGCCGGGUGCCCAAGGACGAGAACGAGGCGCCCAGCUGUGAGUGUCCUUCUAAGUUUGGAGGAGCUCGCUGCGAGCAGAACUCCACGGAAAUCUGUGCCCUCUUCUGCCGCCUGCUGAAACACGAGCCGGAGAUCUAUGUGCCCUUCGGCUGCCACAGCAUUUGUGAGGAACUGGCUCAAAACAACAACACCAACUUUGCCGUUCCGCAGUACCAGCACCUUGAGGUGUGCAUAACGCCCAAAGUGUGGACGGGAAGCGUAAUAAUCAUCCUGGUCGUAGGCAUCGUGUCUAGCUUGCUCUUAACUGCCGUCAUUAUCCACGGAAUCCGUCGUCUGUACAAACCAAAACGACCACGCAUAAGGAAGACUUUUGUUGUACGCAAACAGGCCAGGACCAACUCGGCAGGUGACACUCCCUUGACCAACCGCCCACUGGCCACCGAACAGUGUGAGAUCACGAUUGAGAACUGCUGUAACAUGAACAUCUGCGAAACGCCCUGUUUCGACCCUAAGCUGGUGGAGCACACGCUGGCCAAGUCCAGCUGCAAGGAGGACAAAAAGAUACUCAUCCACAACAUGGAGGAUGAUCUGUACUAGGGUGUGGCAGAAGGAGAACGACCUGCCCCCAAUAACUGAACCUUGUGAUAGUCGUCGUCGUCGAGUGCGGAUGGUGUAUUCGAGCUUGAAAAGCUGCUGCCCGCCCGGCCCUCGACCCCGUUAGCCGCCAAGGUGCUCACUCAGGCAACCAGCAACUAGAAACCAACCAUCCACAGCAACAGCAACUUAAAACUGAUGAGCCUGGGACACUUAACACUCGCCAAAACAAACCAUUUACUUAAGCCGAAGCAACAUGUGUACUUAGCGAUCCUGGGAGCCUGCUUCGGUAUCGUUAAUUUAUUCGUAGGAUCAUUUUAUCCCAAAACUAGGAUUUUUAGCUCAAAGCUCCAUCAAAACUUGUACACCAUUUUUUAGUUUUUUUAUUUUUUAUUUGGUUUUUAUUUUGAAUUCGCAAUGUUGAAAUGAAAGUAAGUCGCGCGACUGACAUUAGCUUUAAAUAUGGAAACGCACGGAUACCAAGAGCCCUAAGCGGCCACAAAGACCAUUGUGAUUGUGAUUACUUACACGUAAGCUGCUGUAAUUAACCCUUUCAAGUGAGUCAUUGUUCAAGUUCCUGCUCCCCCUUUUGAAACUAACUAAGAGUAGAUAAAUUUCCCUUCCCAUUUAAAUGCAAAAUCUUGCCUAAUCGGGUGAUCCCUUCCCCUCCUCAUCCUCAUUGUGCACUACUUAAGAUUCGUCAAAGAAAAAACACCCAAACCGUUGGGAAAACUCUCGCAGAACGUCUGAGAGUUGUAAAUAUUAAAGCAUAGUUUAAUUUUAGUCGUAGUCCUUAAGAAAAGGGUUGAAUAAAGAAAAACUACAUGCAGUUAAAAA